GGCCGAAACAGAGAUCAUGCUAUGUUGAGGGCCCGUACGCAAAACGAAUUGGGCAUGAUACAAUCCACCAGUCCGCCACACUUUCAACCCUAGUUCGCCGCACUUUGACCACACUCUCACUUCAUCUCACCACUUAAAACUUAUCCAUAUAAAGCAUCUCAAGCCCUCGCUUCCAUGUUACUUCACCAAUCGUGCUCUUGAUUUUCUCAAUUCAAUUCUCAGUCUUCUCCUCUCCUUUAUUAGUAUUGGCAAAUGAGUUCCAACACUCAAGUGGAGCAGACUUUGAGACAUAUUCUUCAGGUUAUCAAUCCUACAAGGGAUGAUUGGGAAGCAAGAUUUCAUAUCAUUGAAGAUGUGCGAGAUGCUGUUCAGACUGUGGAAAGCCUGAGAGGUGCAACCGUGGAACCAUUUGGUUCAUUUGUAUCCAAUCUGUUCACAAGAUGGGGGGAUUUGGAUAUUUCUAUAGAGAUACUUACGGGUUCGCAUAUAUCGAAUACGGCAAGAAAGCAGAAGCAAAGUUGGCUAGCAGAUGUACUAAGAGCGCUUAGAAGGAAAGGAACAUGGCUCAAGCUCAGAUUUGUCGCCAAUGCCAGGGUACCCAUCUUGAAGUUAGAGCACAAACUUCAAAAUAUCUCGUGUGACAUCUCCAUUAAUAAUUUGCUUGGUCAAAUGAAGUCUAAGAUGUUGUUUUGGAUCAAUGCGAUUGAUGGACGCUUUCGAGAUAUGGUUUUGCUGGUCAAGGAAUGGGCCGGAGCACAUGAUCUAAACGAAUCAAAGUCUGGGUCUUUGAAUUCAUACUGCCUCAGCUUGCUAGUUAUCUUUCAUUUUCAGACUUGUGUACCUGCAAUUCUACCUCCUCUUAAAGAACUCUAUCCAGGAGAUAUGGCACAUGACCUUCGAGGUGUGAGAACUGAUGCUGAGAAACAAAUUGAGGAAACAUGUGCUGUGAACAUAAACAGGUUUCGGUUGAAUAGAUUUAGGCAGAGAAACCCAAGUUCUUUAUCUGAUCUGCUCAUCUCAUUCUUUGCGAAGUUCUCUGACAUUGACGUAAGGGCCUCAGAACAAGGGAUCAACCCUUACUCUGGAGAGUGGGAAGAUGUUGAGAGCAACAUGGCAUGGCUGCCCAGAACAUUUGCACUCUAUGUUGAGGAUCCAUUUGAGCAGCCUGCUAAUACUGCAAGGUCGGUUACCAGUAACAAUUUAACAAGAUUAGCAGAUGCAUGUCGAGCAACCAACUACAUACUGAGCUCAAAUGAUCACAACCAGGCUGCUCUCUUUGCUACACUAGUUGGACAACAUCGAUUGCCAACUGCGACGAGAUCACAAGUCAGAAACACAAAUAACCCUGGAAACUACAACCAAGGCCGUCCAUGGGUAAACAGAUCACAUCAAAGUCGUGAUACAAGGAAUAAUGGUCAUUCCAGCAGUGCCAACAGGAACAGACCAGUUCAGCCUAACCAAAGUCAAGCACAGCAGCAGACUUGGAGGCCAAGACCCAGUAGUUAGAUACAUAUCAUGUAUCAAAUGCCUAAAUUUACUGUACCAUUACUGGAGUUCUUUGCACAGGCCACAUGGUCUAAACGUAAAAUUUUUACAAUUGAGUAUCAGUUGAGAGAACUGUACAGAUUAUAUACAAUUUUUUACAAAUUUAUACAAAUUAUUUUAGUUGA